GAGCGCGGUUAGCUGUCAGAUAGUGGAGAGAGAGAGAGAGAGAGAGAGAGAGAGAGAGAGAGAGAGAGAGAGAGACACCCACCCUGCUCGCUUCGUCCGUCCGUAUCAAACCCUCCUUCACACGGCGCCUCCAACAAGGCAUUUCACCGCUCCCUCACGGCCGUCUAGCUGCUGGGCGGACCUGUAUUUCAAACGCAAACUUUAGCGCAAAAAAAAGAAGAAGAAAAAAUAACCGCAAUAUUUCCCAAAAGGCUGUCAAAGUAGAAGAGAAGAGAGACAAGGGGAGCGACAUGGCCACGACAACCUGUACGCGAUUCACAGACGAAUAUCAGCUAUACGAGGAGCUGGGGAAGGGAGCCUUUUCAGUGGUGCGCAGAUGUGUCAAGCUGUGUACAGGACAGGAGUAUGCCGCCAAAAUAAUCAACACCAAAAAGUUAUCUGCAAGAGAUCACCAGAAGCUGGAGCGAGAGGCUCGGAUUUGUCGCCUGUUGAAACACCCUAACAUCGUUCGUCUUCAUGACAGUAUAUCAGAGGAGGGCUUCCACUACCUCCUGUUUGACUUGGUGACCGGAGGUGAACUGUUUGAGGACAUCGUAGCCAGAGAGUAUUACAGCGAGGCCGACGCCAGUCACUGUAUCCAUCAGAUUCUAGAAAGUGUCCAUCACAUUCACCAACAUGACAUAGUGCACAGGGACCUGAAGCCAGAGAACCUGCUCCUUGCAAGUAAAUGUAAGAAUGCUGCAGUGAAGCUGGCCGACUUUGGCCUGGCCAUUGAGGUGCAGGGGGAUCAGCAGGCCUGGUUUGGAUUUGCUGGCACACCGGGGUACCUGUCCCCUGAGGUAUUGAGGAAGGAGGCAUAUGGCAAACCUGUGGACAUCUGGGCCUGCGGGGUGAUCCUCUACAUCCUGCUGGUGGGUUACCCUCCUUUCUGGGAUGAGGACCAGCACAAGCUGUACCAGCAGAUCAAGGCUGGGGCUUACGAUUUCCCUUCCCCAGAGUGGGAUACAGUCACCCCAGAGGCCAAAAACCUGAUCAACCAGAUGCUGACCAUCAACCCAGCCAAGAGGAUCACUGCUCAGGAGGCCCUCAAACACCCAUGGGUCUGCCAACGGUCCACAGUGGCGUCUAUGAUGCACAGACAGGAGACCGUGGAGUGCCUGAAGAAAUUCAAUGCCAGGAGGAAACUCAAGGGGGCCAUUCUCACUACUAUGCUGGUUUCUCGAAAUUUCUCUGUGGGCAGCAGGCAGACCACCGCUCCAGCCUCUGUCACUGCGGCCGCAGCAGCUGUGGCUGCAGCCGCCGGCACCACCGCAGGGCUGGUGGAACAAGCUAAGACCUUGCUCAACAAAAAGGCAGAUGUCAAGCCCCAGACAAACAGCACCAAAAACAGCAUAGUCACCAGCCCCAAAGGAAACAUCCCUUCACCUGCUCUGGAACCUCAGACAACCGUCAUCCAUAAUCCAGUGGACGGGAUGAAGGAAUCAUCAGACAGCAGCAACACCACUGUGGAGGAUGAAGAUGUUAAAGGAAAGAGCUUAGACAACAGCUCGCUUAAGGCGCAGUCCAGCACAAGCUCCCAGCCUGAUAGCUCUCAGGGCUCCUCAGCUGCUGUGUACUCUGCCACAAAGUUUGCUGAUCUGCUGGGCUCAGUGCGUAGGGGUUCAGGGCCCAUAGCUGACGGGGAAGGGAGAUCCAGCACUCCACCUCCCGCUGCCCUCUCAGCCCCCUCCCCUCCACACACCCCUGUUGUCCCCAUGCAGAUGUCUCGGCUCACAGACCUGGUAAGCAGCGUUCGCAGGGUGCCGGCGGCCCCCGCACCAGAGGGUGACGCUGCACCGGCACCUGUACCUAGUGCCAGGCCGAACCCUCCACCUGCACACACCACUUCCCCACCUCCCCCUCACUCCCCCUCCAGCCCUUCCCUGUCUUCCUCCCAGUCACGCAAACAAGAAAUUAUCAAGAUCACUGAGCAGCUGAUAGAGGCAAUCAACAAUGGAGACUUUGAAGCAUACGCUAAGAUCUGCGACCCUGGACUGACUUCAUUUGAGCCAGAGGCACUGGGCAACCUGGUAGAGGGGAUGGAUUUCCACAGAUUCUACUUUGAGAACCUUUUGGCAAAGAACAGCAAGCCCAUCCACACCACCAUCCUGAACCCCCACGUCCACCUGAUAGGUGAGGACGCGGCCUGCAUCGCUUACAUCCGCCUGACUCAGUAUGUUGACGGCCAGGGUCGACCGCGGUCCAGCCAGUCAGAGGAAACUCGCGUCUGGCAUCGCAGAGACAGCAAGUGGCAGAACAUCCACUUCCACUGCUCAGGCGCACCAGCUGCGCCACUCCAGUGAGGGUUGCAUUAGCUUUGUCUGUCAGGAGUGCUCUGCUGGAGAGAGAGAGGAGGAGGAGGAGGAGGAGGAAGGGAUGAAAGAACAAGUCCAGUGUCAGUUUGGGAACAGGGCUCCUCUCAAACCCUCCCUCACUGGACCCCCAGCCUCAAUCCCCCAGCAUGCAUCUCUUCUUUUACUACUACUGCCCUUCAUCUGUCACCUGCUCCACAAGAUCUUCUGACAACCAUUAAACAACAACAACAACAACAACUGAACAUCCAACAGAUGAACAUCCUUCACCCCCUCCGGCUUCCUCUUCUUCCGUCCGGCACACUGGGUAAAUUGGUGGGGGUGGGGGUGUUUUCAGCAGUUGGUGUGAUUCCUUCUUCCCGUGGUCUCUUGCCCCAUCCCCACAAUUUUUUUUGUGACACCAACCCUCUUGUCCUCUUGUGAAUCCACACUUGUGUGAUAUAAACACUGCACUGGAAAUACAGUAUGUAAAGUUUUAAGUAAAAUCUAUUAUUAUCAUUACGAUAUUAUUAUUAUGAUGAUGAUGAUUAUUAUUAUUAUUAUUAUUAUUAUUAUUAUUAUUAUUACACAUUUGCAAUUGUAUAUGUAAUUUGUAUAAUUCGAAAUUCUUGAUGCCAGUGGUUUCUAGAGUUGAAGGCAAUCUUUUUUUUUUGUUUUUUUUUUCUCUAUCUUUUUAAGGAAGCAUGUUUUUUUCCCCAUAUUACCAGUAGCUGUUUUUUUUUAAUUAUUAUUAUUGUGGCUAUUAAGUGGAAAAUGAUAUUGGCAGUUUUUGUAAUUUGCUUCUUGUAUGUUAGCUAUAAUACUGUGCCCAAAUUCAUGGUCAACAUGUUUUGUUUUGUUUUUUGAACGGGUGUGUCUGAUGGUGUCAUGGUUUCAUGUAGAGAGUGAGUCCUUAUGUGUUCGCGACUGUGGUUAUGUAAGCCAGACAAAUAGUGCGUGCUAAUGACUGUGUACACUUGAAGGAACCUGUUGUUUUUUUCCCUUGCUGCAAUGUGAACGGCCAGAGAAGGGGUUAGCUAGGCUCAGUGUCUUCCUGCAUCAAAACGUGAACAUUUCAAACAUACAACACAAACGGCUUGCAAUACAAGUAUAUUUAAUUGUCAGUUUACUUCAUGUUUAAAGCUCUAGUGAGGUUUAAAAGUUGAAGUCAAAAAAGAAUUACUAAAUGCAUCAACAUUUUUCAUAUGUGUGCAUUGUAUUGUGUCUCCCACUAAACAUUCAACUGCUCAGUAAAACUCAGACAGAUAAGAAAAGAAGAAAUCAAAUCAUGAAAAAAAUAGUCAUUUCUUUCAACGUACCAACUUAAGACAUAAUGAGAAAGGUUUUGCGUUAUCAUGGAAUAUAUAGGUAAUCGUUUUAUUGUAAGUGCAAUAUUUCUUCACAAGAAAUGUGGGGUCACUUACUAAACCUCACUGUCUUUUGACCCCUAAACCUCUGUCUUUACUCACACAAUGAGGAUUCAUAUAAAUCUCAGUGAGUGAAUUGAGCAAUUCAGCGUUGGCCCCUGUUUCCACCAAGAACCUCUUCUGUGUUUUUUGGUAUUUUCUCCACCCCGCUCAUGGCGCUUUAAAAGGUGCCUCGGGGAGAGACACGCUUGUUGGUGGCUCCUGAUGUUGCUAGGCAACAGCUGAAUAACCGCUUGAAGCUCAAUGCGCUUUUCCUAAUAGUUGUGAUAUUUUUAACUCGCUAAAAUCUCUGAAACACAACAGCAGGUCCUUUUUCUUUUCAAUCAAUAUGACAAAACAAAAGAAGUCACUGCUCUAAAGAAAGGAUCCUGGUGGCUGCGUGACCUUUCUCACUUCCAAAGCCAUAGUGCAUAAAGCUGGUGCCACUGUCUGUUUGUCUAUAUGAAGCACAAGCAUUCAGAUCUUUAACAUUUAGGUUCAUAUCAGUAAUGAAGAAGGGUAUGUAUGCUUGAAAAGUGUUUUCCACCAUACCAUACGUUUGCUGUUUUGUGGUCUGGUUCCUCAUUAAAGGGCAGCCCUUUGCCACAGGGUGCAAUAUUUGUGUGUGUAUGUGAGUGAAUGUGUGUGUGUGUCUGUCUGCAAGCAUGUAUAGUGCAUCAAUCCUUUGCUCUUGGUGUGUAUUAUUUACAAACCUGGGAAACGAGGUUGUGUGAGAGAUGUAAGGAGAAGGCUUUAUUUCGGAGGACAUAUCAGUCCCCUGCCUUCAGCCCAGGAGUAUUUUUUUUCCCCCUAUGAUUUACAUCUUUUAAGUAUUAUGUUUUUUUUUUGUGUAUUAUCAGCUUUUAUUAUAUAAAGUGCUUGUGCCAGGGGUGGCAGAAUAAAUCCGAUGGACUUUGCAGCACUGAAAACUGUUUUUGUGGGGGUUAGACUUGUGAUCAACUCCUCUGUACUUUGCUCGUCCACCAUUGGCUGCCUUCAUAUUUGUCUCGCCCCUAUUGGUCAGACCAAGAUAUUAAGAGACCGGGCAGUUGGUUUGGUGAAUAGUCCUCAGGUUUCUAUUUAUUUUAAAUAUUUAUUUAUUUAUUUUAGUGCAUAUUUUUAUUGUGCUUCUUUAAUUUUUUUUUUGUUUUGUUUUCCUAUUGUACAGCUCAUGCACUUGUGCAAGUACUGUCUGUUGUUGUUCAAAGGGACACUGUUCCAUGUAAAACAUGACUGUUUUUAAAGGGAUAGUACACCCAAAUUGGCAUCCUGCAUGUGUUUUUCUGUAACGACCAACAUGGUGUGAAUUACUUUUCCUUUUUUCUCCUAUUUUUCUUCCGCAACUUUUAGAUUUAAGUUGUUUCAGACUGUUUUUGCAGUUCUAUGGUGUCCUUUUUUUUUUCUUCUUCCAUGUAGGUCAUUACCACUUUGCCAGAGUGGGACAUCUAUCACUUUAAAACUCAUAUAAUACAGGAUUGUAUUUUGUGUGAACUAUCCCGCCAAAAGUUUUGUUGCCUCUUUUUUAAGGUGAUGAAGCUUUUUUUUUUUUUCUUUUUUCGAAUGAAGGUUUAUUUUUCAAGGUGAACGACUGAGUCGUCGUAUUGUACUCGUCUCUCAUCCAGUAACAG